AUGAAGAUUUUCAACGCUGUAAUUCUAUGUCUCUUCGCUAGUAUUCAGGUAGCUAUUGCUGAUACCAGUACUUCUAUACUUUCAUCAUGUACAACCCAAUCUUUAACCAAAUCUGUUGCCGUAGUCAAAACCAUCACAACACGCAGAGGCGAAUAUUUCUACGCUUCCAAUACUUUCUUUAGACCUGCUCCAACCACAGUUACAGUCACCCUCCCUGCCAAAACAACAAUAUUCACCACUACCCAAACAACCGUUCCUGCAGCAAUUAAAGCUAGGGCCACAGACCCUGUAGUGAUUGGUGUUGACGAAGCCUCUAAGAAGCCUCGAAGUCUCCCUGAUGAUGCUUCACGCGGGAUAUCUUUUCCUCGAAUUUUGCCUAACAGGUUCAAUUUCCGAUCUCUGUCUGCAAAGGCUAUGUAUCCCUACGCAGUAUACUGUGUAUAUGAGAUCAGACGAGUCUCAAUCACGACAGUUACGGACUAUCACCCCAAAAUACACAACGACGACGGUAAUUCAAACUGUAACGGUAUAACUGCAACAUUCUUUCAAGUCUGUAUGCUUGCUACUUCGCCAGUUAUCGAACGUGACGCACGGAGUCGAUAUUUCACCACUGUAGCAAUUGCUUCUCGUCCACAGGUUAUGCGAUAG